AUGAGCGCAGUCGUGAGCUCGCAGGGGUCUGUCAGGAAGGCCGAUCGACCUCAAUCCGAGAUUCCAGUUGAUACAGGGAGUGAAACUGAGGAGGAAGAUCCGAGGUUGCUCAGACGCGCCUCGUUGGCUUCAAAUGGGCGGAGCAUAUUUUCCCAGCUGGGGAAGGCGGCGCAAAUUGGGGAAAUCCAUGCAGGAGUGAACCUUGCAGAGGAUGACAAGCAGUCGCCCGUUGCCAAUCGGCCAGCGGAAGAAGCAGAUGCUGGAAUGCCGGCACCCUCAGAAGACGACACGCUUCAAGACGCCCCGUCAAACCAGGGUCAAGAUAAUGAUGCUCUACACCCACCGUUGGAAACCUCUACACCGAAAGAGGCGCCAGAAAAUCGUGAACUGUUGACAGAAUCUCAAUCCGCCACCGAUCCACCAGCACCGCCACCUGAACCAAGCGCAGUUCAGGAUGAACAAAUGCCUGCCCUCGAGGAGGAAGCACCCUCUUCCGUGCCCUUCAAACGGCAGAAAGGCAAGUGGGCAGGAGGAAAGAAGCAAGGCGUUAAGUUGAGUGGUGGAGGGAUUCUGAACUUCAAUCGUACAAAACUGCUUGUCAGUAUCAUCGAGAAGUGCGGUGGAGUUUUCCCUGGCGAUUUCGAGAUCCACAGGCCUUUCGUUGGGACGUGGAACAAAGAGUAUGGUGCAGAGAGACAAGUCGACCGCGACACCAUCAAAAGAACCAUCAAGAACGCCAUUGAAUCUUGCAAAGUGCGUCGGUUCGCGUACACUUUCAAGAACAAAAACGGAGUCAUGACAACCAGGCACAUCCUCACUCUGCCAAGUAUUGCACAAUCGGAUCCGCUGGUGUUGGAUACUCAAAAGAAGGUCAUUGCGGCUUGGCCUCGUGUUUAUACUCCCCCUCAGAUGAAGGAGUACGAGGAGGAGAUUGGAAACUCCUGGUACGGCGAUAAGUAUGAGAAGGACACUUCAGUCCGUGUGGAACGCUCAAAUCUACCUCCGUGGAUGCGAGACAUGGAGUUGCGUACGGCCGAGAAUCAAAGAAAGCGAGACGAGGAGAGGGCACGCAAGCUUGAGCGUGAGGCUAAGGGAAUUCCGCGUCUUCCAAGGCCUGGCCGUGGACGCGGUGGUCGUGGUAGAGGAGGAACUCCUCGGCCUAUUCUCACCGGACGCACCGGACGCAAGCGUCUUGCAGGUCUCCCACGACCGGCAGCCGAUCCAGAUGACGACCCCUGGAAUCCAUUCCAGGCAAGAUAUCUCAGACCUUACGACUCUGAAGACGACGAGAACGUUUCCGAGCCGACCACUCCGACCAGGACCCGUUCAUUCAGCGAGAUGAGUAGUACUUUCCAAGUUGAUAACUUCAUCUUCCACCGCCCAACCCAUGACAGCGCUCUUGCGUCCGAUUCCGAUGACUCUAGCAUGUUUGGUACACCCUUCAGCUCGCGGUCAGGGACACCAGUCCCAGAACCAUCCAAGAAGAGGAGAAGAAGGCGUUCAACGGUCAGUUCAGUCGGCUCCACUGACGGUGCUGAAACCCCUGGCCGACUGCCUACGUUCCAAGUCAACCUCAGUCCUUCCCAAAGCCGCAGAGGCUCGGUCGCGUCUGUUGAUUCAUCUGCCUCUAUUUCUUCUUUCCGCAUUGAAAAACCACGUCCGACGGAAUGGAGCUUCAAAAAUGCCGGCCCUGACACCUACGAUGCUACGUGGAAUAUUCAAGACAUCACUACCCUCACGGAUCCUGACAUUCUCUUCUAUCCACAUACUGGAACCUUCUCGACCGAGUACUACGUUGUCCGCGAUGCGCGCCUGUCACUGUGGGUCCAGCCUCAGGCUCAGCACCAGCAGGAAUUCGAAGAUUCCAUGCCCCGAUCGCUCGAGGAGAUGAAAGACUCGAUCAAGAUGAAGGGCAAGGAGCGUGAUCAUAAUCGACGUGGCAACGCUAAUCUUAGCAAAUUCGAGCGUGAGCUCAUCGUUGUCAGCCAUUGGGAAGACCAGUACUUGAGGAAGAAUGAGGAUCUUGGGUUGGUUGUAAGGCAGCCACACUUCAUCAACCACAACUACUACGGCGACCAAGAGGAGCCUGAGAACGAGUGGACGUGGUCAGGCUUGAAGUGGGGUGACUUGUAUAGCCAAGCCUUCACUCCUUUCGAACCACCUUCGUUUGACGAGACGGAUGAGAGUGAUGCUCCUGAUGGAUUCAUAAUGGAAAGUGGCAAACGUCGCAGGGGGACUGGUAGAACUGGUGGACGCGCCACGAAACGCCGCAGACGAACCACAGCCUUGGAUAUACUGGAAGGUGGUGCUUCCGAACCACGUCGUCGCCAGAAGGGACCUCGACCAUCGAAAACUCACCUGGCUCGCGCCCCCACGCAGGAUCCGUUGUGCGUCAUCUCAACUGCAGACACCAAAAGGCUUCUCUACGCCAUGGUUGUCGUCCAAUCUCUUCUCGGUGGUAUUGAAGGCUACACCAGCUGGGAUCAAAUCAGGAAGAUUUUCAGGACACACGAACGUUGGGAUCUCACAUCAUUCCGCAAUCGUUGGGUUUGGCUCAAGACUCGUUGCGCAGAAGUGGUUGAGAAUCUCUUUGAUGAGUUCCAGCAAGCAUACCUGUUGGCGUAUGAGUGUGGAGAUAUCCCACCUAUCAAUUACGACAAUGUUGAAGAGUAUGACUGGGAUGGCAUUGUCAAGUGGACGAUGCAGAACAUCAGCAUCAGGCCACCCAGAGAGGUAGAGGGCCAUGCCGACCUUCCGACAACCCGUAAGGAGUUGGAGGACGCUUUCGUCAUUCAUGAGGUCAACGAGUGGAGUGGUCCGCCUAAAGAGUCAUUGUACAAUGAAGGUUGUCUUUCCACGAGGCGCAAAGAGCUUACGCAGCAAUACUCGUUCUAUCUCCCACUCACGUCUCGGCCAAAGCCAAAGGAAAAGUCUGCUUCAAGCCGAAUUGAACAAAAGGUGCUUGAACGGGCUAAGACUUGGGUUCGUGCAGCCAUCAUGGCGCCUGAGGAGCAGUUCGACACGGAGUCUUUCGGCGAGAAACUCAAGACCAUCGACGAAAAGACUCUUAACAAGGUGACGUCGGAGCUCGUCUCGACCAAGUACUUCCGCGACGAGCAGAAGGGUCGCACCAGGCCCGGCCGUAACUACGGCGUCGACCGGACCUUCCCCAAGGCUUUCGAGCGCCAGCUUCUUCCCGUCCAGCUCAUGGACGCCAUGCAGUUCAAGAAGGACCUCGACGACGCCUUUGCCAGCGGCGCACCGGCUUACACGAUAUCCAACGCGGCCAAGGACGGCCACAUCCUCGCAAUCAUCAACCUCGCGCAAAGCGGCCUCGUCCGGAUCAACACGGUCUUCCCGCCGACGGACCACACCAUCGGCAACCCGUUUCCUCGCAUGACCAAGUGGGGCUUCACCGAGGGCCACUACAAGACUGUGCAGAUGGACCGCAGGCGCGUCACGUGGCCCCUGGAGAUUGUGCCGACGGACAAGUACGUCCACGGCAAUCUACUACUGAAGGCGCAGGGCCUCGAGGCGCUUCCCCCGCCCCCGCUUCCGGUGAAGGAUGGCGAGCACGACGGCUUCGUGCCGCUGUGGGCGGACCUAUUCAGCAACACCAUCUGGGAGUGGUGGCACCGGGUCGUGACGGCGGUGCUGCACGUCGUCUUCGGCCGGCCGGGCAUCGGCGUCGAAGGCAUAGGCAAGGCGCUGAAGGAUGCGAUGGGCGAGUGGGAGAUUGAGCUGUGUCUCGCUUGGUUGAUGCAGGUUGGAGCGGUCGAGGAGAUGAGGGUGGGGCUCAGGGAUGGGGAGAAGCCGAGGGGUUGGAGGUUGGGGGAGUGGUGGUGGUGCGUGCUGGUGGAGUGA